CGCGAGAACUGUUCAGUCAGUGUCGUUGGUUUUGUUCAAUAAUCACCAAGUCUUCAACAAAUCUCAAAUAAUCCUAAAAUCGUAAUAUGGCAACGUUGAAACAGUUUUCAUAUGCCGAGGUGGAAAAGCACAACACACCCGAAAAUUUAUGGAUGGUCAUCGACAACAAAGUAUAUGACGUCACCAAAUUCCAAAAUGAGCACCCAGGAGGAGAGGAAGUUUUGAUCGAGCACGCUGGGAAAGAUGCUACUAAUGAAUUCAACGAUGUCGGCCACAGUACCGAUGCCAAGGAACAAAUGAAACAAUUUGUUGUUGGAGAAAUCAUUGAAGCUGAACGAAAGAAAAAGGCAACGAAUCAAGAUGCCAACUCUCCGUCCUCCUCAUCCGGAAACUGGUUUGGAAAUUUAAAAACUAAAUUUUUUGGAUAGAACCUAUAUGGGCACAAUUGCAUUGCUGUUGUCCCGUUUUUUUUAUUCAAUUUUGGCUUUCGGUUUCAAUGCACAAACGAAUCAACCUCACGAAAAAACAGGUGGCAUUUAAAAAGUUAAGAAAUACUAGAUAGAUCGGGAAAUUAUUGGAAUCCAUCUGCGUAAUGUACAACUAUGGCAUGAAUCAAAACUCUAGUUUCAAUCUACUCUCAAUAUUUGAAAAAAGUAAUUCGUUUACCAAUCUUAAACUAUGCAAUAUUAAGCUAAUAAACUGUGGUACUAGAUAUGUUAACCUUUUGGGAAAAUAAACGUUUAUAUUUACAAUUGCCAAGCAAUUGUGCUCGUCA